ACUUAAUAAGCUCUACGGUCAGCGAUCGACUGUCGCUAGCAGUUGCUAUUUGGUGGUUCUAGACAAUUGUGGGACACACGUGGUGUAUAAUAAAAAAAUUCAGUACUAUUUCAGAGUUAUCAGAUUUUCAAUAGUGAUGCAAUAAUGAUGUUGAAACUAAAAGUCAAUGCUAAUAAUCCACCAAUAGAUGCAUUAAUAACAAUCGAAGCAGUUAAUUAUGAAAAAAAAGAGAUCGAUAUAGUAUGGUGCAAUGAUUGGAAAGGCAAUGAAAAUCUUAAAUUAUUAGAUUUCAACGAUCAAUUGUUAGCAGAAAGUGGCAACGAAGUUGUCCGUUAUAUAGGUAGAACUAUUGCUAAGGAUCUAUAUGGUAAUUUAGAUAUUCGUGGCAGGACAGAAGUAGAUCAUUGGUUGUCAUUUGCUAUAGGACCAUUAUGUCAAUCACCAGUCAAAAAUGAAACUCUUUCUUAUUUAAAUAAAAUAUUAAUGACAAAUACAUGGUUUGUAAAUAAAAAAUUAACAGCAGCAGACAUUUCUAUUUUCUGUGCUCUUUUAAAUUUAUUAUAUUUGGAAAAGUAUGAAAAAUUAUACCCUUGUGUGACCAGAUGGUAUAAACAAAUGCUUUCACUGCCAGCUGUUAUACAAGCAUUGUCCUCCAUUAAAGAUAAUAAAAUAACAACAGUAAAUAUUAUACAAGUUAAAGAAACAAUGAAUAAGAAAAUAGGUGCGAGAAAACAAGAGGGUAAAUUUAUUGAUUUACCAGGGGCAGAAAUGGGAAAAGUCGUUGUACGUUUUCCACCAGAAGCAAGUGGUUAUCUACACAUCGGUCAUGCUAAGGCAGCACUUUUGAAUCAGUAUUAUGCAGAAACUUUUAAAGGUCAAUUAAUUAUGAGAUUUGAUGAUACAAAUCCUGCAAAAGAAAAUUUAGAGUUUGAAGAAGCUAUACUAGAAGAUAUAAGAUUAUUAAAUAUUAAGCCUGAUCGAUUCACUUAUACAUCAGAUUAUUUUGAUUCAAUGCUUGAUUAUUGUACGAAGUUAAUUAAAGAUGGUAAAGCAUUUAUAGAUGAUACACCUAGUUUACUUAUGAAAGAACAACGUGAUCAAAAGCUGAAGUCCGUAAACAGAGAUAAUUCUAUUGAGAAAAAUCUGGAAUUGUGGAAUGAAAUGCAGAAAGGUACUGCGAAAGGUCAAGAAUGCUGUGUACGAGCUAAAAUAGAUUAUGAAUCAGUAAAUGGAUGCUUACGAGAUCCAACAAUUUAUAGAUGCAAACCAGAACCACAUCCCCGUACUGGAACAAAAUACAAAGUAUACCCAACAUAUGAUUUUGCCUGCCCAAUAGUGGAUGCUGUUGAAAAUGUCACACACACAUUACGUACAACUGAAUAUCACGAUAGAGAUGUUCAAUAUUAUUGGAUAAUUGAGUCAUUAGGAUUACGUAGGCCACAUAUAUGGGAAUAUUCGCGUUUAAAUAUGACAAAUACUGUUUUAUCUAAACGUAAAUUAACAUGGUUUGUGGAAGAAGGUUUAGUAGAUGGUUGGGACGAUCCACGUUUUCCUACUGUAAGAGGUAUCUUGAGAAGAGGUAUGACCGUAGAUGGUUUGAAACAAUUCAUUAUUGCACAAGGCAGUUCUAGAUCAGUUGUUUUCAUGGAAUGGGAUAAGAUAUGGGCUUUCAAUAAGAAAGUAAUUGAUCCAAUUGCCAUUAGGUACACUGCAUUGGAUUACAAUGAAACUGUUCCAGUUAAUGUUUUGGAUAGCAAAGAAGAAUGGGUGACUGUUCGAAACCAUCCAAAAGAUCCAUCGUUAGGUACUAAACGUGUACGAGUAGGUUCAAAAAUAUUGAUAGAAAAAGAUGAUGCAGAAGCACUAGUUGAAGGACAAAAUGCAACAUUCGUUAACUGGGGUAAUUUAAAAAUUGAAGCAGUACAUAAAAAGAAUGGUGUUAUUGAGAGUGUAGAUGCUAAACUUAAUUUAAGUGAUGAGAACUACAAAAAUACAUUAAAGAUUACUUGGCUACCUGCACCACAAAAUUUUAAGGAUUUAAUACCAUGUUAUGCUGUUUAUUUUGACCAUAUUAUAAGUAAGCCAGUUUUGGGAAAAGAUGAUGAUUUCAAAGAUUAUGUGGCCAAAGAUACAAGAGUAGAAAUACGAAUGUUGGGUGAGGCAGAAUUACAUAAAGUGAAAAAAGGGGAAAUAAUUCAAUUGCAAAGAAAAGGAUUUUUCAGAUGCGAUGUACCCUACGCUGGCAUAAGUCCUUUCUGUUGCAAAGAACAAUCUUUAAUUCUAUUUCAUAUACCAGAUGGUCAUACUGCUUCUAAAUCUGUAAAGGCAAACGUUAAUAGUAAAUCAAAUGUUGCAAAAACUGAACAAAAAGAUGUGAAUAUAAUAAUUGAUAAAAUUAUUAUUCAAAGUUCUGAAGAAAUACAAAAACAAGGUGAUAAAGUAAGACAAUUAAAAACUGCAAAAGCAAGUAAGGACAUAAUUGAUCAAGAAGUAAAAAUUCUUUUAAAUUUAAAAUCUGAAUACAAAACUGCAACAGGCCAAGAAUGGAAACCAGUCAAUUCUGAACAAACUAAUGCAACCAUAAAUUCAGCAUCUGCGAAUAAAACCAAUGACAAGCUAUCUGAAGAAAUACAAAAACAAGGUGAUAAAGUAAGACAAUUAAAGACUGCAAAAGCAAGCAAGGAUAUAAUUGAUCAAGAAGUAAAAAUUCUUUUAAAUUUAAAAUCUGAAUACAAAACUGCAACAGGCCAAGAAUGGAAACCAGUCAAGUCUGAACAAACUAAUGCAACCAUAAAUUCAGCAUCUGCGAAUAAAACCAAUGAGAAGCUAUCUGAAGAAAUACAAAAACAAGGUGAUAAAGUAAGACAAUUAAAGACUGCAAAAACAAGCAAGGAUAUAAUUGAUCAAGAAGUAAAAAUUCUUUUAAAUUUAAAAUCUGAAUACAAAACUGCAACAGGCCAAGAAUGGAAACCAGUCAAGUCUGAACAAACUAAUGCAACCCUAAAUUCAGCAUCUGCGAAUAAAACCAAUGAGAAGCUAUCUGAAGAAAUACAAAAACAAGGUGAUAAAGUAAGACAAUUAAAGACUGCAAAAGCAAGUAAGGAUAUAAUUGAUCAAGAAGUAAAAAUUCUUUUAAAUUUAAAAUCUGAAUACAAAACUGCAACAGGCCAAGAAUGGAAACCAGUCAAGUCUGAACAAACUAAUGCAACCAUAAAUUCAGCAUCUGCGAAUAAAACCAAUGAGAAGCUAUCUGAAGAAAUACAAAAACAAGGUGAUAAAGUAAGACAAUUAAAGACUGCAAAAACAAGCAAGGAUAUAAUUGAUCAAGAAGUAAAAAUUCUUUUAAAUUUAAAAUCUGAAUACAAAACUGCAACAGGCCAAGAAUGGAAACCAGUCAAGUCUGAACAAACUAAUGCAACCCUAAAUUCAGCAUCUGCGAAUAAAACCAAUGAGAAGUUAUCUGAAGAAAUACAAAAACAAGGUGAUAAAGUAAGACAAUUAAAGACUGCAAAAGCAAGCAAGGAUAUAAUUGAUCAAGAAGUAAAAAUUCUUUUAAAUUUAAAAUCUGAAUACAAAACUGCAACAGGCCAAGAAUGGAAACCAGAUAAAUCUCAAACAAAUAGCUCUGAAUUGUGUACAAAAUCAGAGAAUAAGGAAUUUACAAAUGAAGAUAAAAUAUCAGUAGAAAUACAAACACAAGGCGAUAAAAUAAGGCAAUUAAAAAGUUCAAAAGCAGAACAAUCUAUUAUUGAUAAAGAAGUAAAAAUUCUUUUAAAUUUGAAAAAUGAUUAUAAAACAAUAACUGGUCUUGAUUGGAAGCCAAAGAUUGAGAUGACACCUAAAAAGAAAAAGAAAGAUGAUCCUGCAAAAAGUGAAAAAAAAUUUUAUAAAGAUAUGACAAAUAAUGAAACAAAAAUUAAAGAUACAGAUGUUAAUAAAACUGGGACAAGAUUAGGAUUAGAAGUAAAGAAAGAAGAAAAUUUUGCUGAUUGGUAUUCUCAAGUUAUUACAAAGAGUGGAAUGAUCGAAUAUUAUGAUGUAUCAGGUUGUUAUAUUCUUCGUCCAUGGAGUUAUACGAUUUGGAAGACGAUAAAGGAACACUUUGAUAAACAGAUAACAAAAUUAGGGGUACAAGAAUGUUAUUUUCCAAUUUUUGUUACACGAGCAGCACUUGAGAAAGAAAAAGCCCAUAUUGCAGAUUUUGCUCCAGAAGUUGCAUGGGUUACCAAAUGUGGAGAUUCUGAUAUUGCAGAACCUAUUGCUAUUCGACCUACUUCAGAAACAGUCAUGUAUCCAGCAUAUUCUAAAUGGUUAAGGUCAGACACAGAACUUCCACUCAGACUCAAUCAAUGGAGUAACGUUGUGAGAUGGGAGUUCAAAGAUCCUAAACCAUUUUUACGUACCAGGGAAUUUUUAUGGCAAGAAGGACAUACAGCUUUUGCUAAUAAAGAGGAUGCUGAAAAAGAAGUUUUAAUAAUUUUAGAUAUGUAUGCUAACAUAUAUGAAGACUUACUAGCUGUACCAGUAAUUAAAGGACGUAAAACUGAAAAAGAAAAAUUUGCUGGUGGUGACUAUACAACUACUGUAGAAGCAUUUAUUUCAACUAGUGGAAGAGCAAUACAAGGUGCUACUAGUCAUCAUCUUGGACAAAAUUUUUCAAAAAUGUUUAAUAUUCAGGUUGAAGGGGCAGUUGAGGGAAAAGAAAAGAUUUACGUUUAUCAGAACUCUUGGGGUAUGACUACUCGUACUAUUGGAGUUAUGAUAAUGGUACAUGGAGAUGACAAAGGUUUAGUAUUACCGCCAAAUGUAGCUUCAAUUCAAGCUAUAAUUAUACCAUGUGGUAUUACUGCAACUACUACUGUACAACAGAGAGAUCAGUUGAUGUCAGAAUGCCUUAAACUAGAAAAUGAUUUAAAUAAAGAUGAGUCUCUUAGAGUUAAAUCUGAUUAUGGAAAUAAUCGUACCCCAGGAUGGAAAUUUAAUCAUUGGGAAUUGAAAGGUGUACCUGUGAGGAUUGAAUUAGGUCCCAAAGAUCUGGAAAAAAAUCAAGUGACAUUUGUACGUAGAGACAACUAUCAGAAAGUGACAGCAAGUAGAGCGGAAGCAGUAGUUUUUUUACGCAAUUUACUUACUGAGAUACAAUCUAGUAUGCUUAAAAAAGCAAGAAAGAAUUUAGAAGAUCAUAUUAAAAAAGUAGAAGAAUGGGAACAGUUUUCUGUGGAAUUAAAUAAAAAAAAUUUAUUACUAUCACCAUUUUGUGGAGAACCAUUAUGUGAGGAUAACAUUAAAACAGACAGCGCGAGAGACGAUGCCGGUGAAGAAGCAGGAGCAUUAUCAAUGGGUGCAAAAAGUCUGUGUAUACCUUUCGAACAGCCACAGACUUCUAUACUAUUAGAUAAUUUGAAAUGUAUUCAUCCAAGUUGUAAAAACAAACCCAAAUUUUACACUCUUUUCGGUCGUAGCUAUUAAACUAAGAUAGCUAUAUUUAUCAAUUUGUAUGCUGAAAUAUCUUUACAGUUUUUUUCUUUAAACAUUGAUCUUAUAAACAAAUAUUUUCCAUAAAACUAUGUUUUAUUACAUGCAGUAUUUAUAUUUUCGCUUUGUUUAGAUUUGACAAAAAUCUGUUCUGAUCUUAUUACGGCAUUAUAACGUAUACGUAACUUUUGUACGUAAUGUGGUCCUAACAUUAAAAGAUUGUAUUUUCUGAUAUUUAUUUAUUGCUAGCUAAGAUAGUGUUUCUUUUUACUAUCAACACUUAAAUGUUCAUUUUUUUAUGUAUUAUGCUGAAUUCGGAUGUAAUGUCAAAUAUCCAUGAAGAUACUAAUAAUGGUUUAGUCAAUUCUUAUUUUGAUUGAUAAAAGGUAAAAUAUGCUGUCUGAAAAAGAUUGGUUUUCAAACAUUUGUCACAGAAAGUUUAUUGAAAAACAAGAAGAGCCAUCAAGCAAAUUGCUUUGACGUCCAAUAAACAUUUGAUAUCAAUUAAAAUAAUAAUCAAGAUAUAUUUCUGAUGAUCGAUUAUGGCAAUGGUACGUCUAUGUUUACAUUUGUAUUAAUAAAUUUGAAAAACAAAUGA